AUGCACCGCGAAAAGCGACAGGAUUCCGUCCCGAAAGCAAAACCAGCUGAUGCAGACGCAGGUACCGGUGUGUUCGAAACCUCAGAGAACGACACAUCACAAGCAGUCCUAGCGAACUCUGUUACUGCACAAAUGCCUGCUGCUUCUGAUGGCGCAGCAGCGAACGAUCAUUUGCCACCGGAAACCAACUCAGUCAACUCUGCGAUUAGUUCCGAUCAUACCGCAGCGUCUGAUGUAGCAGUUCAGUCUCCACCACCUGUUGCACCUGCCAUUGCAACUGUUGCUGCUCCUUCUGAUACUGCAACACCUGCCCAUGGCGUCAAUGUGCCUCAACUAGCAGUAAACUCUGUUGUUCCAUCAACCGACGCUACAGCGGAAGCUGAUGCCGGCACAUCCCCUAACGCAGUUAUCCCACCCCUGCCACCGCUGAUGAAUGUUACUCCACCACCAGUUGUGGAUAAAAUAACAGGUGCCGAUACAAUGAUCCCUCUUCUACCAGCAGUAAUCCCAGACGCUCCACUAUGGAGUGUUUCUGAUGUCACGACCAUUUCAACUGUGGCAAGUGAGCUUGACGCAACGAAAAGGAUAAAACGUUUGAAAGAUGGCUUUCGCACUGAUAUGGCUGGAAUAAGCAAUCUGGUGCACCAUUUAUUGCCAGCAAAUGAUAAUUUGAUUGUGAAACACGAAAGGGCACUGGUUAUGGUGUUUAUAAUGUGCUGUAUGUGGGAUGGAAUCAUGCAUGAGGAUUUGUGGCGGCGGUACGUUGCAAGUUAUUCUUCAAGAAAAACGAAAGCUAUAAUUGUGAAUGUAUGCCGUCAAAAACAUUCUGCACAAAAUCUUGACAAGUGCAGUCAGUUUAUGAAACAUGCAGAUGCGAUGAGGGGAGACAUUUACAGAAAGCUUCCGGAAGCCACUCGUAAUCUGUUAUUUCCAAAAGUUCACGAAGCAUUGGAACGAUUUAGCAAUUCGAUGCAGCCGGUUUUUGAAUAUGAAAAUGCAACGUAUCCAUUUUGCCGAUCAGUCUUAAUAAGUAUUUGGAAUCCUGAAGCAAUACUUAUAUGCGAAGAGAAGUAUCGACUACUCCUGUUGAAUGCAAGCGAUGGAGGCGAUAGUUACGAGAACUUUCAAAUCCUUAGUUCCAGACUUAUUGAUGUCGUAGCUUCUUUACUCGACGCAAUAAAUUUUGCUUGGAAAAACAUAUCAGACGUUCAGACUACAAACAAAAUGCCAGUGCCACCUGAAAUCAUUAGCCAAGACAUGAAGGAUAUGAAAGACGAACUGUUAGCAUAUAUGGACGUGGUGGACACACUGCUAACACGCCAUCUUUCAGAAGCGUCGGUAGCGUACGAUGAAUGCUGUUCAGCAAUGGAAACAGAUAAUUCCUUUGAUGAUUAUUUGGCCAAUAUCAAUCAUAAUUUUGAAUUCGUAAUUGAUCAUAUAUACUUAUGCCAUAAGAAACUGAAAAAAAUUCAUCACAGCGAUCCGUAUUUAUAUUUCCCGUGUGACUUUUAUUAUAACCAAUUCCAAUCGGCUAUGAAGGAACGUGAAGAAUAUCUUGAGAAAUAUAAAGGUCAAAAGGAGGCGAUUCUGCAUGCUUUUGAAAACGCAAUCUCGUCGAAGCAACCGCAAAGCGCAAUUAUAAAAGCAAUGGGAAAGAUGAGUAGGAAAUAUUGUAAUCAACAUGUAUUCAGAUUAAUGUACUUGCCAAUCCGAAUAUGGAUGUGCGAAAAACAAAUACGUGAUGCAAUUGCACAAAAUGGAACUGAGCUUUACCAGCAAUAUGAAAAAACGAUUAGUAAGCCGUUUCGUGAUAUAGUUCUCCAAGAUUGGAAAAACCUCGAAAGAGCUCAACAGAGCUUUACACUAUCAAAUUCAACCGAAAUUGUUAGCAGUCAAUCGUCAAAAAACUUGUUUCGCCCUGUGACAAUCAUCACGCAGAGUCCAUCUGUUGAGCCACUCUUCUCAAAUCCAGACAGCACAUAUGAUCCUGUCAUAGCAGCUGCGACUUUACAUAUAUUUGCCACUGAACACGCUCAUAAAAAGGCACCUGCACCUAAAGCUGCGACUGGGAUGGCAUGUGAAGAUGCAACUGAACCUGGAGAUGUACUUUUGCAAAAAACUCAACAUAAGCAUGAAAUCGUAUCUAAAGAACCAGUCCAACCUGUAUCCCAAGAACCAAUGCAACCUGUAUCGAAAGAAGCAGUCCAACCUGUAUCCAAAGAACCAAUGCAACCUGUAUCGAAAGAAGCAGUCCAACCUGUAUCCAAAGAACCAAUUCAACCUGUAUCUAAAAAAUGGACGGGUAAGGUUACGCAAUGGAGUAAACACCAGCAUGAAGUCAAUGGAAACGCUAUGCUUGCACAUUCAUCAAAUGAAACAACGAAAAAUAGAUACAAUAUACUGCAAGCAAUUAAGUCAGACAAUACUGCAUCAUCAAUUUGUACGUUCCAUCAAACUCUGACGAUACUCUUCGUACUUUCUACUUUAAAAGUUUUCUUUUGA